CUCAUACAAGGAUGCUCCAGCCAGCUUGCUGAAAUCUUCCUCAUUGCCAUCCUUCACGGGCAAGACAUGACCGAAAAGUUAGAUAUUGUGUUACAAGCAUUCCUACGACCCUCAGAAGUGAUCAGGGUUGCAGUGGAAGCGGCUACAUCCGUUGCAGCUCCAGAAAGCGACGUUGGUGCUAUAUCCGAACGGAUUGCAGUGGCCAGCACAGAAUUGUUACACAGGCACAAGAGAAUAUUGGCGGUAGUCUCUCAUCAAGAGCCUCAAUCAGGCGACAGCGAGUUAGGAUGCGUAUUUAUCUUCAAACACAAGCAUCCCAUUCAUGCUCCACGAAUGAUACAUGUCAACUAUGUUGUCGAACAUACGUUCCCAAUCGUCGAAGGAUUCUCUAUCGAUAUGGCGCAGCCCCGGCGGAACACCUUAGAUCUCCGUGCAAACAUCCACGGUAACAUUCUCCAUCAGCCAAGGACUGAGCUGAGUGUGACAAUACACUCUGACUUCAGUACGAACAUCAAACCCGUGUCAUUGGUGACGCACGACACGGAGGGGCUCCGCUCUGUGCUGCUGGAAUGUAAACGCCUCAAGGAUAAUUCCGCACAAAGGGGUCAGGUGGACAUUACAUCGUUAUUUUCAUGGCUUGCGCCUUAUAUGACAAGGCCAAGACGCCCUGCGAUACUAUCGCCUAUUGCACCUGAUCUGCGCGCUUUGAUGAAGCCCCUAUACACUCUUCUCUCUUCCAUUAGUGCAGGCAUUCCUGGAGACGAAAUAUCCGACGUUGCGCUGAUACGAGAGGAUUGGAUUCGCCACAAAGUGAGGGAGGAAGUUAUUGCUAAUCACAAUGAAACCCAUAAGUUGCGAAUACGCAUAGGAACGUUCAACGUCAAUGGAAAGCUUCCUUCGCAAGAUCUAUCUGCUUGGGUCCGGGUGUCACCGGAUUCGGACAGUUCAGUUUUGAUUCCGCCUUUCAAUGAGAUGUCGCCGUUGUCGAUAGGAUCAAUCAUGCGGAACGCCAUGGAAAAGAGCCCUGAAUCUGGUCCGCGAGCGCUACCCCUCGCUUCGACGCAGCCGGGGACGAAGCAGAGUCAUACCGGCAUGAAUGACGUAGCUGAUCCAGAUCUGCUUGUGCUAGCUUUUCAAGAGUUAGAUCUUUCCACGGAGGCUCUGCUGUACUCCACGAAGACUACGAGAGAAGAUGCAUGGUGCACAGCGGCCUUUGCUGGUUUGGGCGAGAAAGCUAUUCUGUACGAAAAACUGGCGUCGAAGCAACUGGUCGGCAUAUUGUUGGUUGUCAUUGUCAAGAAAAGCGUCAAGUCUUGCUAUAGCGAUAUCAGAGCUACUUACGUGGGUGCCGGCAUCAUGGGCAUCAUGGGUAAUAAAGGAGCUACUGCAAUCCGCUUAACAUAUACACCGAUGAGCUCCACUCAGUCCGAUCCAGCGAGAUCCACGGUGCUGACUUUCGUGAACUCUCAUCUCGCUGCAUUUGAUGAGAUGUACGAUCGGAGGAAUGCAGAUUUCCACGAUCUGUCGAAGAGGCUUAUUUUCGACACCGGGAUGCCUGCACCACAAUCAUCUGAGAAUGAUGUGCAAAGUCCAGGAUUAAUGUCAAUAUCCGUUUUCGAAACGGACGCCCUUUUCUGGAUGGCAGACUUGAACUACAGAAUCAACCUUCCUGACAAUGACAUACGAGUCCUGUUGUCGAUCAAACCUGAUUCACACGACACUGAGUUGGAUGUUCUUCAGAAAUACGAUCAACUCAAUCUCGUGAGGCGUACGAGAGUCGCAUUUGAAGGAUUCGUUGAGCGUCCACUGACUCAUUUACCAACCUAUCGCUUUAGCACAGGUGUAGCUACGGAUCAUCAAGGAUACGAUAUCAAACGGAAACCCGCAUGGACGGACCGGAUUCUACAUAUGAACUCUGCCAUGGUCACUCUUCGCCAAUUAUCAUAUUCCAGUCAUCCAGAAAUCACAAUGAGUGACCACAAACCGGUUUCCGCUGAUUUUCAGUUGACGCUCGCAUCCUUGAACGCGGCCACAUUUGAUUCCUUUGUUGAGGAUCUGUGGCGAGAAGUCGCUGUAAUUGAGGAAUCAGCAGGCAAUCCUAGCGUGAAACUGAGCAACACCAUGGUUGAUCUUGGCAAGAUUCAUUAUCAACAGCGAGUUGUCGGAAGUAUGACUUUAGAAAAUGACGGGAAGGUUCCAUGUGCGUUCCGCUUCAUCGGAGCCGAGCCUGGAGCUGCCGCUCAUCCGCGGUGGCUCAUCAUCAACCCGAUGGCUGGUCUUCUACUGCCUGGCCAGAAAGUGACAGUCACCAUUUCAUCGCAGGUUGACAAUGCCGUGGCAUCGGAACUGAAUAUGGGGCCUGCGCGUCUUGAAUGCACGCUGAUUCUCCACACCGUUCUUGGCAAAGACCAUUUCAUAUCCGUAACGGGCGAAUAUGCGCGAACGUGUUUCGCAAAUGACCUCACAUGGCUCGCCCGACUUCGCGGGCCUAUCAGAGCGCUCAAGUCCGUCAGUGAGCUUCUCCCGGAAGAUCAAGCAAAGACCGCGCCUAAGGAGGUCAUGAGGCUCAUCAAGUGGCUGAUGAGUAAUGCCACCGAAGUUCAUGGCCUCUUCCUUGAACCAGGUCCGAGCGCUCUCGUCCAGAGCAUUCGUGAGUGCUUGGACACGGAUGCAGAAUUUCAUUUCUCGCAAUCCAACGAUGACCCAGCUCUGGCUUGGGCAUUCGCGGACACUCUCCUCCAGUUUUUGGCAUCGUUGCCGGAAGCCGUAUUCCCAACAGCGCUGCAUGCUCGAUGUGGCCAAGUGACAAGCAAAGAAGAUGCUUUUGAGCUCUUGGAUCAGCUGCCAAGCGUUCCAUUGAAUGUUUGGAUAUCUGUGACAGCCGUCCUACAUUACGUAACGCAGCAGGCAUCCUCGCUGUUGUUGGUCGAGAAGCUCGUGGCAGUGUUUUCGGAAGUACUGUUGCGCGAUGAUACGGAUUCAAGCAUUACUACCUCUGUGGUCGGCAAACGCAAUUUCCUGCGUUAUUUCAUUGCUUGAGGUAUCCUCACGGCAAGCCAGAAUGACGAACAUGUAGAAAGGGCUACAACUCCGAUUAUGACAAGUAUUCUAAGAUACGACGUUGGUGGCCACAGCUUAUAGCUACAAAGACUAGGUUCCAAUGUCCCGUGCAUGUCGGCAUUUAGCAUGUCCGAAUCAGUGUUAUAUUAUAUAGGUUGAAGCAUCAUUGCUUCUGUG